UUGGAACACCUGAAUUCAAUGAUUUGGAUGGGUGGCUCGCUUCUGCACGCUGGAUCUGAGGAUAAUAGCCACAAGGGCUGCAGCAACCAGGAAGCAUCCCAGGACACAGAUGACUCUACUGACUCAUCUGAUUCAUCUGAGGCGUGGGUGAAUUGCACCAGCACUGAUAUCUCACAGGCUUCUUCUACAGGUACUGGAUAUUGUCUUCCUGUGGGACUGAUUAGCAACCAGAGCCCACCAGAACAGAACACCUGUGAGAGAGAGUCUGCUGCGGCUCACAGCCGUUUACCGGAAACUUCCCCUCUCUUGGGCCCUGCCUGCGAGGAGCUCACGCACAGUCACACGUGGGAGAAUGUAACCGGGUCAGAGGAGCCAGACUGUGGUGAAGGCUCUCUAUCAAAGUCUGAAGAAAGUAAGAGCAACGCAGUUGUACUAGAGGAAGGUGACAGUGGCCAAACCGCCAGCCCUGAGGGGAACGAAUGUCCCAGACAUAAGCAGGAGGACAGUGGAAGGAGCCAAGAAGAGUCAGCAAAUUCUGGAAGCUCAGAAUUAGAGCCUAGAGGAGGGAGUAGAAUCUCGGAGCAUGUGGAAAAAGGACAUCUUUCAGAAAAAGAGCAUCGGGCUUUUGAUACAACUGACCUAAGGUUGAUUGAAGGUGCUUUAAAGUGCAGCGGAAGCAGCAAAGAAGAACCAGAAGUCAGUGGGAGGAGGCAAGAAGACACAAAAAACAAUGAGGUCUUAAAGGCACCACAGAAAAGCUGCAUUUGUCAAGCUGCAGAGUUAGGAUCUGAAAAGGAGCAAAGCUCUGAGGCAUCAGAAACCGAUUCUGUCCAAGCCUGUCAACCACAGCCUGCGGAUUUUACUGGAACACUAAAGCCGGGGCAGGAUAUCUCAGCUGUAUGUGGAUCUUCAGGGUCAGCUGAGCAAGCUUCCUCCAACGUUCAUUACCUUGUUGUCCCAGAGUCCCCCACACCGUUUAUCUUCCCUCACACCCGCUCUCGCCCUUCGGCCAACCCCGCCAUGCCCACCCUGCCUGAAGAGGAGGAGGAUUCUCCAGAGGAGAUGGACAGCUCCUCCAGCUCGCCCUCCACCAAGUUCAGCCCCACCCAUUCAUGUGGAACUUACAAGUACAUCCCUGUUGAAACCAAGCUAGUUAAUGUGACUAUUGCUCCCCCUGCAAUCGUACUGCCAAGAGAAACCAGCAAACAAGAGCCACGUCCACUGGAGAAAACCAGGCCGCACAGUCCUAGACCUCGGCUGUCAAGGAACACUGGUUCUUCAGGGCCCAUCACUACAGUAGAUAAUGAUGGUCACGUGAUUGACCUGGUGAAGGAUCAGCUCCCGGAGAUACAGCUGUCGGAGAAGGACCGGCAGAAAAACCUGGAGUUGCUGGAGGAGGCAAAGAAAGUGAGUGAUCGAUUCCUCACCCGUAGGGGGCGACGGUCAACCUGCAGCCUCACGGAGUCACCCACAGCUCUCUCACCCAACCCGACUCCAGGCUCUUCUCCCGCACCCUCACGCAGCAGCUCCACCUCUGCUCCCCCACAAACAGCAGGUUUAACUAUAGAGAUCACACCAAGCCCCCCUACGAGCUCAAGUACAAGUCAGCGACUGGAGGUGCCUGCUGUACGUGACCAUGGAGAAGUAAAUAAACCAGACCAGGAGAGUCUGAAGAGACUGGUGGACUGGAAGCUGCCUGAGAAGCGUAAGGUUUCCUCUGGCACUCUGACUCCUCGCCAUGCUGCUCCUGCCACAGCUAGAGAGCCCAUCACAGCUCAGAAGGACAGCACAGAGCCCGGCCAGGGAAAGAAGCCUGGCCCACCUUCAGUGGCCCAGAAAACAGACAGUCAGACCCCAGCUACCGGAGUGGCCAAACCCGUCCCGCGGCCGCCCACCCAGCAAGCACCAUGCACGGCCGAGAUCAAAACCAUUGGAGCCUUCCCACCCCUUAUGAGGGCCGUCUCCUGGGAUGCUGUGGGCUCUGUAAGGAAUGGUGCAUCCAAAGGAGAUGAGGGUCUUCCUUUCACAGAACUAAAGUCUUCUGGUUACAAAGACUUCCCUGUGCCUCCAGUCCAGAAACUGUCCAAGCUGAGAGAGGAACAUAAGCUGAUGAGGAACCAGAGCAUCUCUGGGUCAAAGCUGCCAGACCUGAGUGAGACGGCUGAACAGGAGCGAGGAGGUCCCUCCUCUCCUACAAGUAGCGCCCCAGCAGAUGAGGAGUCGAAAGAGAAAGCAGAUGCCAUGCCCAACAUAUCAGACAUCAUGCUGCGCAAGCUCAAGCUACACAGAGGCUUACCAGGCUGUGCACCUCCUCUCACAGAGAAAGAAGUCGAGAAUGCAUUUGUGCAACUAUCCCUUGCAUUCCGCAAUGACAACUACACGCUGGAGACCCGGCUGAAGCAGGCAGAGAGAGAGCGCAACCUCACAGAAGAAAACACAGAGAAGGAACUGGAAGAGUUUAAAACCAUGUUGAAGAGCACAGUGUCAUUGUGGCAGAAUGCAGAGCAAAGGGAGUCCUACCAGCGCCUCAUCGAGACCGUGGCUGUGCUGCACCGAUUGGCCAACCGCCUAUCCAGCCGGGCCGAGAUGGUGGGAGCAGUGCGACAGGAGAAACGAAUGAACAAGGCAACAGAAGUGAUGCUGCAGUACGUGGAGAACCUAAAGAGGACAUAUGAGAAGGACCACGCAGAGCUGAUGGAGUUUAAGAAACUAGCCAAUCAGAACUCCAACCGCUGUUAUGGUGCCUCCAUGGAAACUGGAGAUGAUGGAGUUCCACGUACGUCGAGAUCCAUGUCUCUGACCAUGGGAAAGCCAUUACCUAGAAGGAGAGUCAGUGUGGCUGUGGUUCCAAAGUUUAAUCUCCUGGUCCCUGGUCAGACCCCAGCCACAGCAAGCACUUGCCUUGGCCCUGGCGCCAGUCCCAUCACUGGCCCGGGUGCACUUCCUGUACUGUGUGAGGCAAAUAGUGUGAAGAGUGACACCCCUUCAGAUCCAGCACAGCAAUCUGCAGGAGAUGGAAAAGUUCCGAAUGAGCAGGAAAGUGAGGCAGCCGCACCGCUCAAAGUUUCCUGCAGUCUGGAAGAGAUCAGAGCAGAGAUCAAGGCCAAGAUCGAGGAGGAAGCCUACAAAAAAGGGUAUCAGGAAGGACUGAAAAAGCUUAAGGAGCUUCAGGAAGUCAAGGAAGAGGAAGAGAAGGCAGAAGAAAAGCUGAUAGAGGCUAAAGAGAUAACUGGAGAGGAGUUGGAAAAAGAAAAGAAGCCAAGCAGUAGAUAUGAGGAAGCACUGGAAGUCCUUGACCGGAUUUGUCCGAAGAUCUUCAAACGGAAUAGGACUCUGUGGAUUGUUCUUACCUUAUUCUUAGUUUUAUUCGUUGUGGUCAAUCUCGUACAUUUCUUCAGCAACCACUACAGUGUCCAAGGGGACACGUCGGCAGAGAAGUCUGCCGUUCCAGGCAAGAAGAAGUUUUUAGGACUGCAUGUAGGAUCUAAGAAUCCCACCCCAGAGUAACACCGAGCCUACACACCUCCAUGUUUCAAAGACAGAUCGAGGAGUUCAUUGAACUGUGGAACUGAACUUGGGGAUCUAUGAAUCAUGAAUAAUUCAAAUGGGGAGCACAGCAAAAUCACCUACUUAUCUUUAGGGACCAAGUGGGCUUGUAACAUACCAACAUUUGAGUAUAGCUUCAUUAGGUGUUCUACUUCACCUGGAGACAAUAAUGUGGUUUUAUCUUUGGCUACCAGCAUUUUCCAAGAUUAAUGUACCAUUUCAAAGAUACACAUUAUAUUGCCACUCAAACUUUACUAUUUUACUUCUCAGGUUUUAUGAGAUGAAAUAAGAAUGAUAGUACACUAUUUAAAAGAGCUUUAAUCUUUGGUAUGGGUUUUAAAAUCUUUGCUAAUGUCUACAUGGUUUAUUUGAUUUGACAUUCCAAGGUAGCUCCUGAAGUGCAAUAUUUUUGCAACACAUAUUUGCCAUUUUUGAUUUGAUUGUGUUGAAUUGUGACCUUGCAGCACAAUAGUGUGAACAAUUUUUCCAGAAAUUUUAGAGAGCACUUUGAAUUAGCAUGAGAGAUUUGUCAUCCUUUUAGAUAUUUUGCACACGUGUGUUAAUGGUCGUGCCACCUCACCUUUUAAUAAAGGUGUCUUUAAAAAUGUG